CCAUUGAAAACAGAAAAUCUAUUCACAAUGACAAGAGAUCGUUGAUUAAUUGUGUAACUUACCACUAUUGGUACUCUUCCAGUUGUUUAUCAGAAUAAUGUCAUUAGAUAUUCUUCGAAGAAAUCCACAGGACGAUUUCGAACUCAUCCAAAGAGUGGGAAGUGGAACAUACGGAGAUGUUUAUAAGGCACGGGACUUGAAUUCAGGCGAGCUGGCAGCCAUUAAAGUGAUUAAACUUGAGCCAGGUGAUGAUUUUGCUGUGAUUCAACAGGAAAUUAUGAUGAUGAAAGAUUGUAAACAUCCAAACAUUGUGGCUUAUUAUGGAAGUUAUCUCAGGAGAGAAAAACUUUGGAUUGCCAUGGAGUUUUGCGGUGGAGGUUCUAUGCAAGACAUCUAUCACAUAACUGGGCCAUUGCAAGAGCUACAGAUUGCUUUCCUGUGCAGGGAGACUCUCAGAGGCUUAAGAUAUCUUCACAGCAAAAACAAAAUGCAUAGAGAUAUCAAGGGUGCUAAUAUUCUGCUGACUGACGAAGGGGACGUCAAAUUAGCUGACUUUGGUGUGUCUGCCCAGAUAACAGCUACAAUGUGCAAAAGAAAAUCUUUCAUAGGAACACCCUAUUGGAUGGCCCCUGAAGUAGCAGCAGUUGAAAGGAAAGGAGGUUACAACCAACAGUGUGAUAUCUGGGCUGUUGGUAUAACAGCCAUUGAAUUUGCAGAGUUGCAGCCACCUAUGUUUGACUUGCAUCCGAUGAGAGCACUGUUUUUGAUGUCAAAAAGUGGAUUUAAGCCUCCACAACUCAAGGAUAAAAACAAAUGGAGUCCCGUUUUUCAACAUUUUGUGAAAGUUUCUCUAACAAAAAAUCCAAAGCGAAGGCCAUCAGCUAGUAAACUACUAGAACAUCCAUUCUUUCAAGGUGACAUAACUCGCCGAUUGACCAAAGACCUACUGGAAAAGUCGCGAAAUCCUCCUCAUCACUUUGACACUGUUGAGACAGAUGACGAAGGAUUUCUUGAAGAUGUGCCAAGAAGGAUAUCUUCCAAGAAAACAGCCAGACAAAGUCAGGCAACCAACAGUAUUGAAUUAACAGUGAAUAUGAAUUUUGAGGCUGCUAAGGAGACAGAGGUUUAUGAGCUUGCUCAGCCAUGGAAUACAGCAGAUGGCAAAGAUGACCGCUUUGACACUGCUAGGCCAUGGCCAGAAGAUGACCUUUCUAAAAACAGGUCCCUAUUAGAGUGUGUACAAGAAGAGCUAUUACAGAGGGCUCAGCGGAAUAGUAUAGUAUUGGAGGAAAACCAUUCUUCUGAACAGUCAACACUACCAGUUCAACCGCCAACUCCACCUCCAAAGCCUGCCAACCUGCUAGACAACGUGGACGGAAGACCCGAAGAAGAGCGUCUCGAGGAUCUCGGACCGGACGUGGAGAGCCUGAUUGACCGCAUGUUGACCCUCGACCCCCAGGCUCAUCCAGCAAGAGACUUCCCCAUCAAGGAAGACACCCCUCCAGCACUUCCACCGAAAAUCCGCUCACAUGAGAACGGUGACGUGAAGCAUGCUGCGGACGGCGUUGGUUCCUCACAUGCUGAACCUCCCCCCACCAUUCCUCCACGCACCAGGUCAAAGAAAGAUACUGAGUCUGCACAAACUGAUACCAAGCCCCGACCGGUGAGCAAUGGUCUUCCACCAACUCCUAAAGUACAUAUGGGAGCUUGUUUUUCCAAAGUCUUCAAUGGCUGUCCAAUACAUAUUAAUUGUACAGCUAGCUGGGUGCAUCCUGAUACACGAGAUCAGUACAUUUUGAUCGGUGCUAACGAAGGUCUUUAUACACUAAAUCUGAAUGAGAUUCAUGAAUCAUCUCUGGAACUAGUUCAAGCAAGAAUGUGUACAUGGCUAUAUGUGAUAAAAGAUAUGCUCAUGUCAAUAUCAGGAAAAACUCCACACCUAUACAGACAUGAUCUGAUUAUGUUACACAGUAAACAAACCAGCAUGUUUUCGUUACACAUGAACAAAAUUCCAGAGAAACUUGUUCCAAGGAAGUUACAACCAACCACUAAAGUGCCUGAUACGAGGGGAUGUCGGAAGUGUUGUGUGGGUCGGAAUCCAUAUAAUGGUUACCGCUACCUGUGUGGAGCCCUAUCAAAUGGGGUCAUCCUUAUGCAGUGGUAUGAACCACUCAACAAGUUCAUGCUUUUGAAGACUUUCGAAAUGGAGCAGAUGCCGGCUGAACUUCCUGUGUUUGAGAUGUUCAUUAGCCCAGAACUUGAGUACCCGAUGGUGUGUCUUGGCAUUAGUAAAGGACCUGACCGAAAUCACAUAACAUUUAAUGUGAUUAACCUGAAUUCAGCAUCCAGCUGGUUUGCAGAUUUAGAAAAUUCAGGAGAACCUUUGCCAGUUGUAAAUGUAACACAGAUGGAAAAAGACACAGUGUUGGUGUGUUAUGGCAAUUUUGUGAAAGCUGUCAACAUGUCUGGCAAAUUAAAAUCCAGUAAACGCCAACAAGCAGAAUUACACUUUGAUUUCCCUGUGGAAUCUCUAGUUUGUCUUCAAGACAGUGUCCUGGCAUUUCACAAACAUGGCAUGCAGGGAAGAAGCUUCAAGGCUAACGAGGUAACACAAGAAAUAUGUGACAAGUCAAGGAUAUUUCGCUUACUGGGAUCUGAUAGGGUCAUAGUUUUGGAAAGCCGACCCACAGACUCACCAACAACCAACUCCAACUUGUAUGUACUGGCAGGUCACGAGAAUACAUACUGAAGAGUGGGAUGAAGGAACAGUUUGUUUUGUUUUUUAACCCUAGCAACACCUGUGUCGUGUAUGUCGUAUUUAGUAAGAACAUACAUUUACCUAUCGACGGGUGUUGCUGGAAUGUGCACAUGUGCUCAAUACACAAAGUUGCAUUAUUCCAAUGAGCAACUUAUAAAUGUUUCCAGUUUAGUCAGAUUAGUCAGAAUAUGUUGACACUGCUUUCAGCUGCUUCUUGGAGAUGCCAGAUGGAUGGGCAACCGUACAGUAAGCAAGUGACACUCAAGGUCAACCAAUGAAGUCUUAUCUUAAUCAUGCUUCACUUUGUGCAUCUCAAGGUCAACCAGUGAAGAGGUUUUUUUUGUCAGGUUUGCUUCACUUUGUGCAUCUAAAUGUCUGCUAGUGAAGUCGCUUAAUCUUGCGUUAUACUGUGUAGCUCAAGGUCAACUAGUAAAGUCUCUUAACCUUGCUUCACUUUGUGCAUCUCAGUGUCAACUAGUGAAGUUUUUCUUGUUUUAAUCUUGCUUGAUAUACAUGUAAUCAUAAAUAUUGUUAAAAUAAUUCCAGUUAAUUUUCAGGAAAACAAAUUUUUCUUCAUCUCAAAAUAAGAUUUCUCAAAUGAAUUGUCAAGUGUCAUUACCAAAUUUGUAUUUUGAAGUAAAUAAAAAUGUGAAACGUCACCAAUCUGUUCAGUGCACUGUCCAUUGGAUUAAGGGUAAGUUGUUGAUGCUUUUACUUAUUAUAUAGUCUGAUGUAAAGAUAAUGCUAUUAAUAGUAAUAAUAUCCUUAUUUAUAUGAUUAAUUGAAACAUACAUGUAAAUCAAUAGAGAAUAAUUAUAAUUAUUAAAAAGAAAUUGUCCUUAAUUUGGUUUGUAAAGAAAUGCUUUCUUUUACACCACCCAAGCAUAAAAACACUAGUUUUAAAAACACUAAAUACUUGUUUUUUCUUCAUAAAAGUCUGAAACAAGAAAACAAUGUGAUUUAUGCUGAUCGAUUGAUCAACCAAUCAAUCAACUGGUUUAACAUGCUUACAUCCAAUUAAGGUUCUCUCAUUGUGGGUACAAACUCUGACAUAGCCAGUUUGUACUCAAAAUGAGAGUGAAAGUGGGGGUGUUGUUUAUGGAGGACUAUGGACAAUAUGGAAUGAUACUUAGUACUUUAUGUUGAUUUUCGUUUAAUGCUGUUGUGAAAGAUUUCAUUGGUAACUAGGAUCACUGAUACAGGCUAAUUUAACCCCUUGAAUAUUUUGAAGCUCAAUUGUGUACCUGUUUGUCAUUGUUAACAUUUUAUUACACUUGUUCUGCUAUAUAAUAUUUUGUGUAUUUCACCAAGGUUUGUUGAUGAAAUUCUGUUGUAUACUUAAUAUUUUUAACAUUUAGUUGGUGUAAAAUACCUACUGCUGUUUAAAUCUACUUUGCUGGCAAUAUCUUUAUAGUUAUGCUUGCGUAGUCUGUAGUAAAGUUCGCAGGUUAAUAAAAUAUGUUAGGUUUUCCCCAGAAUAUGCUAUUACCCGGUAAAUGAGAUAUGUACUUUUUAACAUUAUGGGGAUAAUAUUUAUAUUGACCCGGGCCCCGUUCCACGAAACGAUCUUAGCCCUAAGAUUACCGUAAACGCAUAGCUACCCUAUGCACUUAAGUUGAUCUUAGGUCUAAGAUUGCUUCGUGGAACAGGGCCCUGACAUGUAUGUCAGGACUAGGGAUUUGUUCAGGCUAUAUUAGUACGUAUUAUUAAAGUCUAGGGAUGUGAACAUGGUGUUGAUCUGUUUGAGAGUUGGAUCAAACUGCAAAUAACUGUAUGUACACAUGUACCUCUGUGAUAUGCAAGAAAUAGAUGCAAUUAUGUUUACUUUUCAAUGUUAACUAUUGAUAUAUUGCCGACAUUGUAUGUUUAACAUAAAUAUACAGGUAUGUAAGUUCUUUAAGUGAGGUGGUGCAAGUAGUACAGUAGUAGUACAUGUACUUAAAACAUAGAAGAAAAAAAUCCUCCUCCAAAUAUUUGAACAAGAACAGUCUAUGACAUCUGAACAUGGUUUUGCUGAUAUUUGUGAAUUCUGACUACUGUUUGUGAUCUUUCAGAAAGCAAACACUCUGACCAUUACUUUCAUUUCUGGACCUUGAGAAAGCAAACAGACGUAGUGUUGAAAUUUUGCACCACCUUAUUGAGAAGACUUGCUCACACUUUUGUUAACCUACCUGUAAUGUACAUGAGAAUAUAAUGCUGCUUCUGUGCAGUGGAAGUGUAAUAAUUUGAAUGCCACAAAGUCUUUCAUGUGCCACUGUUUUAUGUCAGUGUGGCUGACUGCACACUAGGCUUAUGCAACUUUGUAGACAUUUUGUUUGUUUUGAUUUUGUUUUUUAAAAUUAAUUUUAGAGAACAUGGGAUAUGGUUGAGAUUUGUUUUUUUUACCAAGUGGCUUAGAAAGUAUAUUUGUGUACAGCUGUAUAAUUAUGUAAGAUGUCAAUUAUUUAAUUUCUUUUACUGUAGGUUUGUAUUUACCAUGUAUACUACUAUCUGAUUUGAUUCAGAUUUUUUUUGUAAAGUUUACUUUAUGUUCAGUAAAUUACAAACUCAGGAUUGUUUUAGGUAUGGGGUUUGUGGUGGGGUUGUAAGUGGGAGUUGUUUUUAAUUUAUUUUCUUUUUUUAAUAUUCAGUUAAGAAGAAAAAAAACAUUUUUCAUAUAUGAGUGUUUAUUCACAAUUACAUUCUAAAAUCUGAAAACUGAAAAUUUAAAUUGCUUUAGCACACAUAUUUUACCAUGUUUGAAGAACAAAAUAUAAAUUGUUUUAAGUUGCAGUUCAGUGUUCUAUUAAAUAAAAAGUGUUAUUCCUUUUUAGGCUUUUAGUAAUAUUAAAAACAGUCUAGAUAUAUGUUUAUUUUUUUAGGGAUAUGAAUUUAUUUUUAGAAUAGCUAAUUUCAGAAAUUAUGUAUAUAAAUAAAAUGCUGAUGCUUCUCCAAAGAGUAUGUCUUGAACAGAUUAUUUAAAACUUUUUAUAUCUGUAAUAUAAUUUUGCAGAACCAAUGGUGUAAAUUUUGCUAUUAAACAGUUUCUUGUCAGAUAUAUACAAUGUACUUAACUCGGUUGUUUAAGUAUGUAUUGAAAUUUAGAUAAAUAUAUUGUAAAAUUGUAUAAAGUUUUGUUAUUGUAUGUAAAUAUUGUACAGAUUUAUAUAUGUACAUACAUGUACUUUAUUAAUGUGACAUUGUAAAAGUAAAACAUUUUUAAAUCAUCAUUAAGGACCAUAAAUAUAGUUGACAUAAAUUUACAUUUUAAACGUUUGUUGUAGUAUUAAGUAAAUUAACUGUACCCACACAUUAAAAUUAAUAUAAUUCACUUGGUGAUAUAAACAUUUCAGCAGUGUUGGUUUGAACCAUGUUAUUUGAUGACACAGUGGUUGAGUCUGAUGGAUACAGCUAAGAGUGAGCACACAAUUCAGGGAACAAAUACAAGACCACUUUAUCAAUUUAUCUGUUAUCUACAUAAUUUUCAAUUCUGGAUAUUCAGCAUAGCUGAGAUGUGUGUCUGUAACUAAAAAUAUUAAUAGUAAUAAUAAACUAAAAUAAAUUUUAACACGAGGGAGAUUAAUCAUUCAGUGAGUUUUAGAAACGUGUUUUUUAAGUUUAGAUAGCAAGUAACUCCUUGCUGAACACCUAAUUCUUAGGUGUGGCAUAAAAUGAUUUAUUGGUUUACCCAUUAAACAGACCAAAAAAAACUUUUUUUUACUUGAUUUUAAACAUUUACAGCUUAUCUAAUAUGUCCAACAAAAUAUCGUAUACUUUGAUGUGUACAAAAAAAAAGAUGUUCAUUCUAAUGGCAAAAUGAAUUAAUGCAACUAUGUUUAUGUUCUUUUCAGAGUGUUUGGGGUUUCAUCACAUUUAACCAUUUUAUUAGCUUUGUAUCCACAAUAAUUCUGUUACAUUCUUAUUUAACCAGAUGUUUGCUGUACUAUAUACUAACGAAUGUAGCUAGGAUGUCAUUAUCUUCUUUAUGUUUUUGUGUAUUUUAGUAUAUAAUCACUAUGUUCUUCCUUCUCUUUAGUACAAGGGUUUCCAACCUGGGAGUGCAGAUUCUCCCGGAGUAGAAAUGUGUUUUUUUAACAGGGAAGUAAAAGUCAGAUGAUAACGUUCUCUUUUCAUUGUUAUUUAUAUUAUUUUAGUUAUGUUGAUUUGUUUCAAGUUUACUCAUUUAUAUAAGUGUAUAACUAUAAAAUAAAAUAAAAAAUUCUAUUGUAUAAUUUACCUUGAUAAAUUUUAUAUAGGUCAUAGCAGUGGAUUUGGGAAUAAUAUGAAUAUUUUUGUAAAAACAGGGAAUAGCCUAAGUAAGAUUAGAUGCAUUCCUUUUAGUGUUUUUGUUGCAGUUUCUUUAUGGUAGUAAUUUAUAUAUGCUGAUUUUAUGCACCAGGCACAUUUUUUUCAUGUCUACCAGAAUUAUGUUUUAUGCUUUGCUAUAUAUGUUGACCAUAGGAUGUUGAAGAGUAUAGGUAUUUGGCCAAUGCAGAUUGAUUUAGAUCGGUUCUGUUUACCUUAAAAAACCUUGCAUCUGUGCAUCUGUCCUGGAUCAGGCCCCUGGCUAUCCAGAGACGGGACCCAGGACAGACAUGCUCGAAACCGUAGUGGUAUAUGAGCAUGACAAAUUUAUCUGCUCCGCUCUGCAUCUGUGCAGGAUAUAAUUUAGCAAAAAAUAUGUGAUGAACAGUGUGCUUAAUAUCACACAUAUAUUACCUAUGUCUGUUUCUUCAUUUCUUGAACUAUAUUUUCCAUCUCUAGUCAUAUCACAUCUGAUUCUGGAUUGACUAAUGUUUUCAGGAACAAACUUGGGAGAUUGUCUUUAGUAAUAUUAUUCAUGUAUAGCAGCUAAUUAUAAUUUAGUGCUCUCGCGUAAGAUUAGAUUAUAUGAUCAACUUAUCACAGUUUGGUGAAAUAUUAAUAUUUAUUAUGUCUAGAGCUAUGAGUUGAUACUGUUAAAUAUUUAUUUUAAAAAUAAAAAUGAGAACAACACACAGUGUUCAGUUUUUCACAGAAACUUUUACAUUAUCCGUUGUUAUUUAAAAUUGUCUUUUAGUCUGCUUAGUAGGUAAGCAUAUUUAUAAUAGACAUUUAGACUGCAUCAGGCUGUGAUCUGCAUUUGAGUUGUUUUAAGAUAAUUAAAGUAGUAAUUGAUUUUUGUGUAUUAAGACUGAUACUAAAAGGACUGCCUAUACAUUCACACAUACUUCAUCUUUUCUAAAAUCAAUUAACUAAACUUUUGCAGAAGUUUGUUUCGUCCCCAGUUUAUUUUAUAUCUUGGAUUUGUUUUGCUUGAAGUACAGAAUGCUCAGUACAUAUGGUAAUCUCAGUGAAUCUCUUUAUUGUGUUCAGUUCUAUAUGCCAUGUUCUUACUUGCCCUAGUGUAUUUAGUAGAAUUUGUGUUAUUUUCAAAUAUGCAAUAAAUGUAUCAGUUUCACAAUGAAAAUCUUUGUAUGUUAUGCUUCUUUAAGAAAUUUAUAUUUUAUGUUUAGAAUAAUGUAAAACAAAAUUACAAAUUCUUAAGCAAUAUUUUUUUAAUUAUUUUAAUUAGGUGUUUUUUUUAAUGAGAUCUUAAGUUAUAUUUGUUAUGCAAAACUUAGUUUAAUAUUAUUAUUGUUUUACUUUUUUUGAAGUCUGAAUAUAUGAAACAUACACUAAUUGUAUAUAUUGCUUACCUCUUAAAGGGGCAUACUUGAAUUUUUUUAGAUGAUAUGUAUUGUUGCUAAACUUGAAGGUAUGGUUUAGAUACUACAGGGUGCAUUUUUGAACACCAACUCACGUUAGAAAUUAGUUACAGUAUCAUAACACCCACCACACAUUAGAAAUUGGUUAUAGUACCAUAACACCCACCACACAUUAGAAAUUAGUUACAGUACCAUAACACCCACCACAUUAGACAUUAGUUACAGUACCAUAACACCCACCACACAUUAGAAAUUAGUUACAGUACCAUAACACCCACCACACAUUAGAAAUUAGUUACAGUACCAUAACAGCUACCACACAUUAGGGCAUUAGUUACAGUACCAUAACACCCACCAUACAUUAGAAAUUAGUGUAUUUCAGUGUAUAAUCAGACAUUGUACAUGUAGGUAGAGAUUUGUAACUGCCCUGUGUGAAUAAUAUCUAUGAGGACAUUUUAAAUAACUACUUUCAGCAGUCAUGCUCGUCUCUCUCUCUCUCUCUCUCUCUCUCUCACUCUCACUCUCACUCUCACUCUCACUCUCACUCUCUCUCUCUCUCUCUCUCUCUCUCUCUCUCUCUCUCUCUCUCUCUCUCUCUCUCUCUGAUAAAAAUGUUAUUUAAUCCACCGGGGUACCUAAAAAUGUCUGAGUGUAAUUAUUUUUAGGCAGUAAGAUUUGUAUCAAGACAUGCACUAGUGUUUAAAAAAGAUAUUAUUUUCAAAUACUGAUUUUAUUUUAAAAACUCAAGGAUUUUAUUAAAAUUUGGUUAAUAUAUUGAAUAGUUAUUAUAGAUUACAAUUAGGAGAAAACUUGUCUCUAAUUUUUUCUAGUAUUCUGUUAUAAAUAAAGUAAGCAAAUAAAUAAUAUAAAUAUGUUUUUCCACAUACAUUUAUUUUCAUCUGGUAGUCUUCACAACUAUCAUUGGAAAAGCUUGAUUAGCUGCAGUUAUAUGCUUUUUUUAUUUUAUUAUUUGAUCAUAGUAUGGAUGCUAAUAAAAUGUGAUGUGUAAUAGCUAAUAAAAUGUGAUAUGUAAUACCUCUUUAAAAAUGCCAGAAACAAUCUCUAGACAAUCAGCAAGGCCAGAGAAGUAAGGUGUGUGAAGGCGACGACUCAAGAUGAACAUAUUUUACGGUUAAUAAAUAUACUAAAAUGUACAUGAAACAUUUUCAUUCAUUUUUUUUUUUUUUUUCCCUUGUUGUUUUUGACUAAUUUUAUUGACUUGAACUUAGCAAAAGUGAUAGGUAGGAUUUAUUAAAGUACUCCUUUCAACAAAAUUUAAAUGUUUACAGUUGGCCUUAUUUGAUGGGGUGAGGUACAUGUACAACUUUUAAAAAAUAAAUCUUGUAUCAUACCUGCUCAAGUGGUAUCAUAAUAGUGUCUCUUCAGAUGCGACUUUAUGAUCAAAUCAUCUCAGUAUAGUACCAGUCGACCUGUGUUAAGCAGUAGACUAACUUUCUGUUACUUCCUUAGGUGACUGCAUAAUGUAUUUGUAAAUUAAAAAAUGUCAAAAUGAGUUCAGGAUUGUAUACUUUGUCUGACAAUUUCUGUGAAUUAUGUUAAAUAAGUUUAUUACAUUGUCACUUCUUAGAAAAUCAGUGCCUGAUACAUGUUGAAAUUGUAGAGCUUUUUAAAAUUAUUAUUAGAUCAUUAUAAUAACCAAUAGAUAGAGCAACCAGCACUUCCAUACCUUUAGAAUAAGGUUAGAAGGUACCGGUACCCAUUAAUGUAUAUUAGUGAUUAAAUCAUAUUGGAUGUUAUUGAAAGAGGUGAUUUUUUGUUCUUAAGUAAUGGUAUAGUAUUACAUUACUAUGAAUUUUAAAAUUUCAACAACAGGUAAAGCAUUAUUUUGACUGGAAUGUUGAGGAGGAUUAUUUGAAUUUUAUGCUGUCAUGUGUGUAUAAGUGUGUCUGUUUUGUGUGUGAAACGGUUACUCAAGCACAACUUUUAACAGUUCAUGAAUGAGUGCUUCACUGCCACUAUCUUGUUUUUAGUUAAACCUUUGUGUUAAGCACAUACAGGACAAAUUAAGAAAAUCUUAAUACAUGUAUACAUUUUACUAAAUAUUAGCAAAUCCAAACAAAUUGUCUUCUGCAUUGAUUAGUUUUGGGGGGGAGGGGUUUGUCUGUCUGUUUUUCUUGGUUUUUGGAGGAGUUUUCUUUUUUUGUGUGUAUUAUGUAACACUGUUACCGGUAUACAAACACAGUAGUUGACGAUUUUCAAAGAACUAAUUUGUCUCUGGUAUACACCAUCCUGAAUUGUUAAUUAAUAAUAGAUUUACUAUUUUUAUUAAUUCUUGCUUUCAUUUUAAUUUUUUGAAAUUUUAUUGUUAAAUUUGAAGACUAUGAAACUUGUUUAAUUAGGUUUGUCUCGUCAAACAGUGUCUCACAAAUGUCUUAGCUUUUAUUUCUCUUACUGUUGUAAUAGUCCUACAGGAUCUAACCCUCUUGGAUAGGAUUACAAAGAUAACUUGACACACUAAAUGUUUGGGGGUUUUGGGGGUUUUUUUUUUAAUAUUUAAAGUGUUGGUGGUUUUUAAGUUACCAAGAUGUUAUUGGGGUUUUCAAUUUCAUUUUCAAUCUAAACAUUUGGUCUCUCAUAAGUGAUACUUAAUUGUUUGUCAAAGGAUAUUUGAAUAUUGUUAUUUGCAUACAAUUUAAUACAAAAUUUUGAAUGCAUGUUCAUACCGUGUCAUAUGUGUAUGUACAAAUAUCACUAUUGGCUAGGAUUAAAACUGGAAAUUAAGUCUUAUGGUCAUUAUUAUUUCUUUGUUUCUGUAUCAACUAUUUCAUAUCAUUUUGUAAUACAAGUUUUACAUUUGAAAAAGCAUCAAUAAUAUCAAUAUUAGAAGUACUUUUAAAUUUUGUGGAAUUUAAUCAUCAAAUAAUAUUGGGCUGCAUUAAGUUGCAUCCUAUAUAUUUAAUCUGGGUCCCUUUUGUUAAUCUCUUUUCAUCUUCCUUUUGUUUUGCAGUGAACAUUCCUUGGUUAAGUGCUUCUGUGCACAUAAACCGCUGUCAGAUUAUUAAAUAAAAUGUGUGCGUGCAGUUUGUUACAUGUGGUGCUGCAUUACAAGCCAUACUGUUGUUUUGGUGUUUUUUUAAAGAUCUCUUGGUUCAGAAAACAUGCAUCUUGGUAAAUACACACAGUGUUUUGUCUCGCAGGUUGUGUCUUGUUGAAGUUUAUUAUUGCAGAAAUCAAAAUGUUUGUUGCUAUAGUUAUGCCAAGAAAAUAUAAUUUAGCAUAUUUCCAUAAAUGAUUGUAACUGUUAUAUGAUUUGUACAUUAUUUUAAAAAUGCUGAUGUGCUCUACAUGCUGCAUGUAUUAGAACAUAUAUUAAAUAAAGAUACUAAACGUU